UGACGAGAAAGGACGAGCGUCUGCUGGCGUCAUAUGCUCUUAUGGAUUUAUUGAAAGAAUAUAUAUUAUCCCAUAUUUUUCCGUAUCUCUGAAGAAGCACAGCAAAAGACCUUCCUGAAACCAGGUGAUAACUUCCCUAAGCUUGGAGAGGAAAGCCCCCAGAUGAAAGACAUGGACAGCAAGGAGGAGAUCAGCGAUACAGACAGUGGCAUCAUACUGCAGUCUGGCCCGGACAGCCCCACCUCUCCCAUUAAGGACCUGACGACUCACACACGCGCCAUGAAGCUGAAGCACCAGGCGCUGGAGGACCGGCUGGAGCUGUGCCUGCUGGAGCUGAGGAAGCUGUGUGUGCGAGAAGCGGAGCUGACGGGACAGCUUUCGUCAGACUACCCGCUGCUGCCCGGAGAGAAGCCCCCGCGAAUCCGCCGGCGAAUCGGGGCUGCGUUCAAGCUCAGCGACGAGAGCAUCUGGCAGGACGGAGGGGACCCUGAGCUGCAGUCCGUGGAGGCGGAGCUGGCCCUGCAGCAGCAGAUCUAUGAAGCGGCCCGUAUGUUGGCCCUUGAGGAACACCUGAGCAAGCAGCAGAGGCGGAGCCGGCAGCAGCAGUGCAAACGGGAAGGGCGGAAGGUGAAGGAGCUGCAGGAGGCGGUGCUGCGGCUCAGGCUGCAGCAUGGAGGAGGCGCCACGCCUCCUCUGCAGCACACAGCCUCCCAGAGAGAUCCUGGAAUCUCUGAUGAUAGCUCCUUGUCUGACACCGUGGCACUCGAUGACGAUGUAGAGUCCACCCAGUCCUCUCUCCCAGCUUCAGAGACCCCCGUGAUCUCCAACCCCCAAAAACCCCCUGAGGACCCCCCCCAGCUCCUUCCUCCCAGCACCCAACUCGCCCCCUGUCAGACUCUGGUGGACCUGAGGUCCGGAGAGGACUAUGGCCUUGGAUUGGAGUGCUCGCCCAUCCAGAACUCCCCCUGGAAGGAGUCCAGCCUGGACCAGCCCUACCAAAACCCCAGGAAACCUCAGUCAGGCUGCAGCAGCCGGUCAAGUAGUCCGGCAAUGACCGCUGUGUCCACACCGGGGGAGCCCCAGUUGGGAGACGCCCCCAUCCCAUUCCCAUUGGCCAGCGUUAAGAGCCUGCCCCUGCACCACGCCCACUCGAACAGCGCCCCCUCCACCCCGGAGCUGCACACGCGCCGCCAGUACUCCCAGUCCUUCAGGCUUCCCAACAAGUCCUCUCAGGACUCUGAUCAGAGACGUGGGCGGGCCCAGUUGCCACGGCGACGGCUGACCGACUUCACCACAACCUCGCCCCAGUACUCGCCCCUGAGGUUGGGACAGAGAAACCCUGUGUACCUGUCCAGCUCCGAAGACAGCAACUCUGAACAAUCCCUGCCCUCGUACACCAGCUCACCCUGCCGCGAGGUCCCCGUCAAGGUGGCCAAGCCAUGCCCGCCUCCGUACGGCUACCACUUUUCCCAGCACAACAAAAAUGGCGGUGCCCACCACAGCAGGCCCCUGGCAUUCACCGGGCCUAGCUUCUACAGGGUCUCCCAGCACCAGUCCACGCCCAGCUUCUACAGGGUGUGUGCCGUGGAAGAGGGGAUUGGCUGCCCCCCUGAGAUUGACAUGGGACGGCUGUGCUUGGGCCCUCCCCUGGCACCCCCUCCCUUCUCCGGCCCCCCAGCCCGGCGUGAGCGCUGGUGUGAGGAGGCCCCCCCUCUGCUGCGGGUGCUCAGGCCCCCACCCCCCCAGAGCAGGCUGGCCCGUGCCCCCUCCCUCAGAGAGUACCCCCACCACCCCUCCCUGGGGCUGCCCCGUGAGCUGGUGUCCGAAGAGCUCAAGUCCUGGCACCAGCGCAGCCAGGUGUGCGGCCCACGACCCCGGUCCCUGGACCGCCAGGGCGCGUUUCGGCUGAGGAACGUGUCGGGACGGGACUCCCCUCUCUCGCAGCAGCACCACUUCCCCCAACAGCAGUUCCCCCAGAGGCGCGUUCUGCAGAGAGCUCCGGACGGGACCCCCGUGCAGUGGUACGUGGAGGAAGACUCGGAGAUCGUCAGCCAGGUGUAGCCUCGUUUCCACAAGCGUGAUCCUUCAGAGAUGAUCGUUUUUCAGACACGGAACGUCUCUGGGGUCGCUGGAAUUCAGCUUUAUCGCCAAAAAAAUUCUCCCCUGCCAUCACUUGCAGGAGAGUGCAGGUCCUCUGGUGCGGGUGUGCUCAUGACCUAGCUGAGGCCUCUGCUUCUGGCCCACACACUUCAUGUCUGAAAAAUCAGCAUUUCCUGAUAAAUCAGGGGAAAUCCCAUCCCUGAUUUCACUGAAAAUACGCUGGACACACACUACCCUGCAUAUAUAUAUAUAUUUAUUUAUUGAGCCAAUGGACUCUCUCUGGAGCUGUGUGAUGCAGGAUGAAGCCCUGGAUGCUGAACCUGAUGAGCGCAAGAGGAGAUCAGUGGGCCUGUGGCCCCAUGAAGUGCACCACUGCCCCCCACUAAAAAUACUGACUCUAUUAACUGCUUUGCUUGAGGCAAGCAAUGAACCAUAAUGUAAGGCAAUAUGCCUGUCUAUUUGCUGUAAAGGAGACACUGUAUUUAAAAAAUAAAUCAUGCUGAUCAUGAUGUUUUCUGUAGGGAACCCCAGAUUUAUUUUAUUACAUUUUUUUUAACUUUUAAAAACAAAAUUCUGUUUUGUUUUUGAAAAUUAAGAUUUUUUUAUUUAUAGUUAUUUUUUUGUUUGUGUGUCUGUGUAUUAUAUUAUGGACAUCUUAAAAUGAUAUGUAGUUAUUCUUUAUGGAAUUCCUAAAUCUAAAUUCCGUUUUUGGCCAGGUUUAGAGUUAAUGUUACAUUACAUUUAGUUCUAGUGCAGCAGCUUCAUUUUACCAUGAGGAAAUGAGACCGUUAGAUCCGAUCAUAUUGCUGUUCUAUCCUUAUCCAUCACACCUGUAACAUUCUUAAACAAAGUUCUCUCACUUUGCAAGCGCUCGUAUUUUCAUGCUAGAGGUAUGUCUUCUUAGUGUACACAACAUUGUAUAAUGUGUGGAUACUAACCAAAAUACAGUGUAUUGGCUGUAAGAUUUUGAUUAUUUAUAAUAAAAAAUGUUUUUAUUUGU